UGAGGCAGUGCAGUGAAGUAUACAAGACCUGAGAAAACGAUGCUCAGUGAGGACCAGUGACGAAGGUGUACACGCUUAGGAUGUGUGCUGAAGGUAUACAUUUUCCUGAACGACUUCUCUUCGCUUUUUGAUGGAAUGUGCUUCUUCCGAUACGCAUGUCUGCCGAACAAAAAUUACAGAAGCUAACGUGAAACAGAACUCGUCAACUAGAAGAUUACAGAAUUUCGUUCAGUGCUAAGGACUGAAAAGUAUAUAUGGAAUCAAAAUGGGACGCAGACGAAAAACCGAAGUAAAAACAUCUGAAAAAACAUCGCAUAAAAAUGUACCUGUACGUAAGUCAAGCAGACAAAUAGCUAAAAAGCAGCUAGAAGAAAGAAAACUAAACGGUGACAUUACACAAACAUCUUCAAAUAGUUCUGAUGACUUCAAGUCUGUCAGUGAAGGUCGUAGCCAAGUUACAUCUAAGAAAAGUCAAAAUCAUCACAAAAAACAUAGCAAACAUAAAGUUACUUCUAACGAUAGUGUUAUUGUAAAUAACUACAUUUCUCAAUACAAGCAAGAUACUGGUGAGAGUGACAGUCAAGACAACAUAGAUAGCAUAAUCAAUGAAAAAGAACUUAAACCAGAAGACAUACAAGCAAUUGUUGGUACUCCAAAACCAAACAAUGAAUCUUUAUCUGCCUCUACAUCUAUAUCAAAUGAGGUGGAAAUGUGGUCGGAAGAUGUUAUAGAAGAAACGAUAAUUUGUGAAGAAAUGGAAGUAGAAGAGAAUGUUAUUAACAAUAGUUAUUCUCUGGCACAGAAUAAUGUUAUGGUUGAUCAAGUACUACUUGUAAACAAACCGGAUAUAGAAGACAAAAAAUUUAUGGAUUUUAUUAUAGAAACUAAAGAUGGUGCUAAAUCUGCAAUUUCCAACUCAAGAAAUAUUUUAAACAAUGAUUAUUAUGUUACUUCAAAAACUGUUAACAAUAUAUAUACAGAUGAAUUGGAAAAGUCCAUAUCAAAUUUGCACCAAGAUGAAUCUGUAAUUCAAAGUGAAAAUUCUAACACAGAUUUCAGUAUGGAUAAACCUUACAUUAAUAAAAAGAAAAUAGUAUUGGGAGAACAAAGUGAUAAGAAACAAAAAAGCAACAAACCAAUAUAUGACAAGAUAAGAAGAGAUUCAGAAUCAGUUUCUAAUGAAAUACAUAUGUAUUCUGUUAAAGACAAUCGUGGCUUUUCUGCUGAGAAAGAAAUUAGUGAACAAGAAAGUAAACACUUAGAAAGAAACAAUAUGUGUGCAGAUUCAUCAAAAGAAGAUACAUAUUGUAAAAUAGAUAGUAAAUUGGCAGAUAUGCAAAUAAAUGAAUGUUCAAAAGAAAUACAAAAGUUGGUUAACGAUCUCUCAAGUGUGGACAGCAGUGACUCUCCCAUACAAAUUUCUUUCCCUACGGAAAAAAUGCCACCUGUGGAUAUGGAUGAUGAAAGCAGUUCGUCGAUAUUAGACAAAAUGGAGCGAUUGCACCAUCCGAAUUCCGUCAGUCCUUCUGAGAUAUUGUCAGGAUCAAAUAACGUUAUUCGAAGUCAAGAUCAAGAUAUCUUAAAAUCUAAUUCAUGCAAUGACAAAAUACAAUGUGCAGAUCGAGUUUCUCUAAAAUCGAAAAUUUCACAGGAUAUAAUAAAUAUAAGUCAGCAGAAGAAUACUGAGCAUUUAGCAGUUAUUGAUGAAUUUCAAGAUAGCGAAGGAGAUAACAACAAAGACGCAGAUGACAAAUUGUGCAGUAGUAGUGAAAAUAGUAAUGACACAUUGUUAUCAAUUAGCAAUGGCAAAAGACAGGAACCUGAUAUAAAAACGGCUAGUAACAUUGACAAAAAAGUCGAAUUCAGAGGUCGUAGUGGCAGCACGGAUACAACGGGUUCUGAAAGUGGCUCGAAUAGUUCAGGUGUAAGACGAAGUAGUAGAAUUCGAUCUAAGAUUGGAUUAAUGAAACAAAGAUCUCGUGGACGUGGCUUGGUUACGAAACUUAAUGACAAUUUGAAAACCACUCCUCAGCAAGAAAAGGAGAAAGUAAUAAAUAAUGUAAAUCCUUCAGCUACACAGGAAAUAAAGAUGAAUUCUGAGAUUCAAUGCGAUAAGGAAACUAGCUCUGUCAAAAUAUCAACGUCAUUUGAUACUUUGGCUCCUUUAAGUGCUAGUUAUAAUACUACAGGAUAUGAUUCUGAUUCUUCAAAGCCAGUUAAAGUAAAAUCUCGAUGGCGAAGAUCAAGUGAGCUUGAAAUGGGUGGAUCAAGUGCGGGAUUUGUUUCUGUCAUUGCUCCUAUGACAUCUAUAGCGUCAUCUGAAUUAGAAAAUUGUGCAUCAAUAAUCACAGGAGAAUCUACAUCAUUGGAAUCAAAAGAUAAUAAUACGAAUAUAAAAUCGGAAACAGAACAAGAUAAAGAUGCAUCAAUGACGUCUAAUAACUGUUCAUUAAUAGAAAUUCCGAAAACUAUAGGUGCGAAGAUUCCUUUGCCAAUGCUUCUUGAAGCAGAAAAUAGGGAAAUGGAGGAAAGACUGAGUCAAUUUGAACAUCUGCGUGAAAACUUGUAUCUUACUGAGAGGUAUACAAAUAAAGAAACUAAAAGAAUGGUAUGUGAUUGUUUUCUAACUGAAGAAGACAUUGAGAGAGGUGAACAUGGUUGUGGAGAAGACUGUCUUAAUAGACUUCUCAUGAUAGAAUGUGGACCUAGAUGUGUAGUAGGUGACAGAUGUACAAAUAAAAGAUUUCAAAAUUGUGAAUAUGCCAAAUGUGAAGUGUUUCGAACAGAAAAAAAAGGUUUUGGAUUGCGCGCUGUUGUCGAUAUAAUGGCGGGUGAGUUUAUAAUGGAAUAUGUGGGUGAGGUGGUAGAUCCAAAAGAUUUUAAACGCCGGGCGAAAGAAUAUUCCAAAGACAAAAAUAAACAUUACUAUUUUAUGGCAUUGAAAUCAGAUCAGAUUAUAGAUGCUACCAUGAAAGGAAAUAUAUCCCGAUUUAUCAAUCAUAGUUGUGAUCCAAACGCGGAAACACAAAAAUGGACAGUAAAUGGAGAAUUACGAAUAGGCUUUUUUAAUACAAAAUUGAUAGCUGCGGGUGAAGAAAUCACAUUUGAUUAUCAUUUUCAACGUUAUGGCAAAGAAGCUCAAAAAUGUUAUUGUGAGGCGCCAAACUGCCGAGGUUGGAUAGGUGAAACACCUGAAGAAGAAAAGGAAAAGAUUGAAAAGAAAGAAAAACGUGAAAAAGAUACGAAGAAGAAAAAGGAGGAAAAGAAACCUGCCGAUUAUAUGGAAGAUGAGGAUUUGGAAGAAGAAAUAGACAAAUUAUGUUUGGGCGGUUUUAAAAACCGUGCACAUACGCUAACGUUGAGCAGAUUAAUGGUUCGUAGCAGAGAGUUAGAACACAGAACGCGCUUGUUACGUCUUAUACAAGAUGGUGAACAACCUUGUCGAAGAUUGUUCUUGGACUAUCACGGUUUACGUUUGAUUUGGAGUUAUGUGAUGGAUAUUUCUACAAACGAAUCAGAAGAGGCUCAACAUUUCCGUUUGGAAGUUCUAAAGACUCUCAAUACACUGCCAAUACCGAAUAAGACAAUGUUAAAAGAUAGCAAAAUAUAUGAGGUAGUUGAAAGAUGGUCGAAAAGAUUGUAUCUUUCUCCAAAUGGCGAUUCUCCAGAAGACGAUCAGGUUAAAUCGAAAACGAUUUGUGAAGACUCAAACAGUACCUCUGAUAGCAACGAGAAAAGAAGCCCUGAUGAACGUCUGAAUGACAUUCCAGAUAAGCAUAAUAACAAUGCCGAAAGUUGUUUGCCGAUUAAUGAAGCUAAAUUAGAAACUAUAGAGCAGAAUGUCAUUCCUGAUUUAGCUUCUAGCCUUCUGGCUGAAUGGUCGAAUUUAAAAGAAGUUUUCAGAAUACCAAAAAAAGAAAGGAUUGAGCAAAUGAAGGAGCACGAACGAGAAGCAGAUCGGGGAUAUAGAGAAGAACUCGAAAAAGAAGAGAAGAGAGCCACAUCGUACGAUAGACAUAGAUCUGAUAGAUACAAUCGGAAUGAAAUAGAGAAACGUAGUGACAGACGUCGUGGUCGAGAAUCGCCAGAAACAGAAUAUGGCAGAACAAAAGAUAAAAGAGUAGAAGAACGGAGUAGCCUAGUUCCUAUACCACGUAUGACAAAGUAUGAGCGUAGGCAAUUAUUCGCAUUGAAAGUUGCGAAAGAAGAAGAGGAGAGACAACGUCGUCAACAACAAGAAUUGUGGCAAGAGCAUGAGAAUAGAUGCUUAGCAUUGGGUAUAGAUCCUCAUACCACUGCCAUGGUUGAUCCACAAACUGGUUAUCCUGUGUUUUAUAAUCCGACAUUAGGUCAAUGGCAACAUUAUUCCUCUCAAGAUGGAGGAGACGUAGCGCAACAGUGCACUUCUGUAUACGUAGAAGGUCCUCAAUCUGCCGGUAUAAUAGGCCAAAGUCCUCACGUAUUACCGUCAACACCUGACAUGUCAUCUGGAAUUCCACCUUCUGGCGUGCCACCUGUAGCAUAUUCCUUAAGUCAAGCGCCUGGAUUCAACCAAACAUCUUACUCUUUGAUUUCACAUCCACAAACAUAUCCCGAAGGACAACUAUCUCUUUCAAAUAAUCAACAGUUUUCCAACAUUACACCCGUGGAAAAUGUUACGAGUCGACCGCAACCUGAAAUUCCACCAAUAGAUCUACCACCAAAAUGGAAAAGUGCAGUAGACAGCAGAGGUAGAACGUACUAUUAUCAUGUAAAAGAAAGAAUAUCACAAUGGUUACCUCCACCACCCGAUCAUAUCGGAGUACAGCCGGACUCGUCAUCUACUUCGGAAUCUAGCGAAGAAUCUAGUUCGUCAAACGAAGAAGACGAAGAUAUUGAUGAUGAUCAUAACGAGGAUCAAAAGAAUGAUGAUAUGGAAAUGAGUAACGUUUUAUCAGAAAAUAUUGUGAGUGCAUCUAAACCAAAUAUAACUAAAAAAGUAGGUAAUCUUAAUUUGACCGGAAGUUCGUUACCAUUUCCUGAGUCUAAAAAAAGAAGAGAUGGAUUGGUCCAAGAAAGAAUUAUUAGUCCACGUAGAGAAGAGGACCGUAUUGAUUCUAAAGUUUAUAAAGAAAUAAAAGAGAAACUACGACGACAGAAAGAAAGAGCAAAACUGAAAGACCAACUGAGAAAACACAGACGGAGCAUAAAGGUGAAGACUCAUUCCCGACAUGGACUGAGCAAACAAUCGAUACCAAUAUCAGGCGAAAUGUCUCCUACAUCUGAACGAAAGAUUAAAGAUGCAUUUAGAACAAACAUGGCGAAUGUAAUGGUUCACUUCUUGAAUCCGUAUAGAAAAACUGAUUGCAAGCAAGGCAGAAUAACCAAUACUGAAGAUUUUAAGCAUCUAGCUAGAAAGUUAACACACUUUGUACUAGCAAAAGAAUUAAAGCACUGUAAAAGUGUGGACGAGUUGCAGUGUAAUGAGAAUGUUAAACAUAAAGCGAAAGACUUUGUACGUAAGUACAUGAGCAAGUUCGGCGCAGUGUAUCAAAAGAGUACUGAUGACGAUUAACUAUGUAAUUUAUAAAAUGGUGACAAUUGUUAUUUAUUGUGCGAGCUCUGUGCGCUAUUUCUCUGCAAUCUCGGACUAUUGUGAGAUAUAUUUAGAUAACGUAUGGGAGAUGUUUGUAAUUGUAUGAUUGUAAAAUAGAAAAGUUUGUAUAUGUGCGUGAUACACGGUUUUUUAUGAUUUAGCAGUUAAUAAACUAGCAAAUUUUUUAAUUUUCAAUAUUUUUUGUGUAAAUUGUACACACGUUUGUAUGUACAUGCAAACUAUGCACACACAGACAGACACAACGUACACUCACAAAUGUACGAUAUCUUUUAUAAGUAAAUAUAACUUAUGUGCUUCUAUAUGUAUAUUAGCGCUCGGAAAUUUUAGAAACGUUCGAAUUUAAUUAAUUAAGAAUUGCUCAGAAGUUCAAUUGUUUGGAGAGUUCGAAUCUGUUUGACGAAUUAUAUAUACAUAUAUAUAUAUAUGUAUAUAUAUAUGUAUAAAAGUAGACGAUAAAGAAAUUUAUUUGUUUCUUUCUCUUGACCUAUUUCGAACUGUUCAAGCUAGUUGUUCGUGUUUCUGCUUCGAACUGUGAGUAAUUUGUAUUUCGUUCGAAUCUAUUGUCUCUGAGCUCUAAUAUAUGUAUGCCUAUAUGUACG